AUGAUGUUCUUUACUGUCGCAUUGUUAGGGUUAUUUCUGCAGAUUGUUACUGGCCAGCGCCACGAUGCAGACCUCAUGUCUUUUGUUACGCUCCCCGAAGUACGAGCCUUGAAAUGGGAAAUCACUCACCUGGAUCGUGAGCGUGAAGCUCCCGGUUAUUGGUUUGUUGCGCCGUAUGGAGUGAUAGUCCCCGAAUUGCCCUCUAAAAAAUAUUCGCAAUUUCAGGUCGGACCUUACAUCUAUGAUAGCGAUGGGAUGCUCAUCUGGGCUGGAUCGGAAUUUACCGAUAAUCGCAAUGCCUACGAUUUCCGUACAAACAUCGAUGAUAACGGCGAUAUCUACCUGUCUUUCUUACUGGACCCACUCGUUCAGUUUCCUAAGGACUCCGCUGAGAAAAGCCGUGGAAUGGUCUUGGAUAAGCACUAUAAUGUGACCAAUGAAGUGCGCCCCACUGCGGAUAUCCAACAGUUCAACAUGCACGAGUUUAAGAUUAUGCCCGGAGGCCUGACGGCUUUGACUUGCAUUUACCACCCUGUGUCUAUCGAUCUGGAUGAUUUUGGCCGUCCGAGUGAGCAAUCCUGGGUGAUUUCUGGUGGAUUUGCCGAGUUCAACAUCGCCACCAAUGAGAUCCUGCUUCAAUGGAACAGUAUCGAACACGUUGCGCUUUUUGAGUCGAACAAGCUCCACCCGUGGGAUUCACCUGCGACGGACCCGUUGAAGGGCUGGGACUAUGCUCAUGUGAACGCGGUGGAUCAGAACGCAGACGGUGACUACAUCCUCUCGAUGCGUUUCACCAACACCAUCUACUUUAUCUCUGGUGAUGAUGGACGUGUUUUGUGGAGACUGGGUGGACACACGAGUGAUUUUGACAUGGACUUCACUUUCUCUAAGCAACAUGAUGCGAAAUUUGUCUUUUCCAAUGGCACUCACCAUCAGAUUUCCUUCCUGAACAACGCAUCCGACGAAGAUAGUCAGGAUGAAAGUUUGUCCAGUGUUCUCUAUGUUGACCUGGAUACUGAGUUCAUGACUGCCCGAGUGGCCAAGCGCAUCAAUCGUCCAGAUGCCGGCUUGACCAGGCUUCGUGGAAGCGCUGAAACCCUCCCUAACGGCAACUCAUUUAUAAGCUGGAGCGAACAUGGCUACCAGAGUGAACACGCCCCAAACGGUGAUCUUCUCAUGACUGCCCAAUUCGCCUCUGAUCGCUACUCGACAUACCGCGCUUAUAAGUCUGAGUUCAUCGGCCGCCCCCUAACCCCGCCAGUAGUUGUCGCCUCCGCCUAUGGUAUCAGCAGUAUGGCCAUCAGCACCGUCAUCCACGUCAGUUGGAAUGGUGCCACGGAUGUCGCUGGAUGGAAGUUCUACGCCAAGGCCUACGACCACGGCGACUCUGUUUUCAUAGGCCAUACCGAUAAGACAGAUUUUGAAACUAUGUACAUUAUCGACGGCUACAUGGACUGGGUGACUGCAGAGGCCAUUGACCAGAACGGAACAUCUAUGAUGAAGUCUGUUAUUGUACGGACUGUUAUCCCAGACAACUGGAAUGCCGCUGGAUUUUUGAGCGCUCAGAGCCCGAGGCCAGAUGAUCCAGCCGUCCUCUACAAUACGAAACAGGCUUUGAUCGAAAGCCAUGCCAGCAGCAAUACAUCAAUUAUUGACCCUGCGACGACGAACACGACUAUUGAAGAUAGUCACGACAUGGACGACCUGGAUUUCAUCGACGAUAGCACCUCUUCCGAACCAGACGAACCUUCAUCACUAGAAAACGCAAAAGAGAUCGCCCAGGAAGUCCACAGAGCCUUCCUCGUCAUCCACGCAGUAGGCGCCAUGCUCAUAGCCCUCCUAGGCCUCUGCGCACUAGGCGGUAUCGUGGUCGUCAUCAUACGUUUGAUCCAUCGCUAUAAAACGCGCUCGUACCAACACGUUUUCUCAGAUGAGGAAAUCCCCACUGAAGAGAUCCGCAUGCUUCCCCAGAGCCAUGAGUAA